UUAUACUUCGGCCUUCGUUUUUAACUUUAUACAUCCAUGUUUUUGUACAUAUAGCUAAUGAGUGCGAUUUAGAGGUGCUUGUAGGUGGGGGUUUCUGUUACCUUUGGACAGAGGCAGAGUCAGGCUAGCUGUUUCCGUCUGUUUAUAGUCCAGUGAGCUAACUAACUAACUAACUAACAUAUUUAAGCUAAUGUUAGCUAAUUGAAUGUACAAAGCAGUUUAAAAAAAAGGAAAUGGGUCGCUAUCGACAUCGUAUCUCUACAAUUUCCGACGGCAGUAAACGCAGCACCAACUCCAUAGAGCAGCAACAGGGAAGUGGAUGACUGAAGUUUCCGCACCAAACUCGUCCAAACAACGACCCUACCAUGGCAACAGCGCGAGUGUUUGUCCUGUUUGUUGUCCUUUCCACGACUUUAGCGGAAGAGUUUAAAUUAAAAUUCAAACCAUCAACCAAACCUGUCCGAUUAUUCACUGAGGAGGAGCUGAAGAGAUACGACGGCAGCGAGGAGGGACAGCCUUUAUACAUGGCAGUAAAAGGAGUUGUGUUUGAUGUCACCAAGGGAAAAGAAUUCUAUGGAAAAGGUGCAGCAUACAACGCCCUGGUUGGCAAAGACUCCACUCGGGCUGUGGCUAAGAUGUCCCUGGACCCAGAAGACUUGACCUCAGAUACUAAGGGCCUCACGGAGCAGCAGCUGCAGUCUCUGGAGAGUGUGUUUGAAGGCACGUACAAAACAAAAUAUCCCAUUGUGGGUUACACGGCAUCACGCAUUCUCACAGACGAUGGAAGUCCCAACGAAGCCUUCAAACCAGAAGACCAGCCUCAUUUUCAAAUCAAAGAUGAGUUUUAGUCUCAUUUGACCUUUUCCUUGUAAGAUAUAGUUGUGAAGACGUCUCGUUAUGAAGGAGUUUCUAGUUUCUUUGCACCACUUGACCAGAAUCAGAGCCUGAUAUGCCAAGUGCUUUAUGUACAAUAGAAGAACAAAAUACAUAUAGAAACACUUUUAAAUCAUAUUUACUUUGACUAAAGGGUUCAUUGAUCCACUGUUAUCUGUCAGAGCUUCCCUAAGAACACAUUUCAACACUUAUUGUACCUUUCUUCACACCUUCAGCAGAUGUCAACCCCACAGCUUUGUACUGUGUAUGGAUCCUUCACACAGUCGCAUAGUGAAAGUGAGGCUUACAGUGAAACAAGCUGAACGCAGAUGGUGUCAUUGUUCUACAGUCAUUACAUUCAACUUGUACCUCAUAAUGAGAAGUUGAAGGUGAAGACGUGUCUUUAGAAUCCAGUGAAUGUUUACAUGAUCACAAUCUGUCCAUUUGUUUUCUGCCUGAUUUUUGUUUUUGUACAAUUAUCAUUAAAGUCUGUAAAUCUAAAACUU